CUGACUUAUCGUUGGACCCCGUCCCCUGACGUCCUGGUACCUGCUGCAUGCAUAUCACAGACUCCAGCUCGACCUGUAAUUCCCGGACAACUAGAAAACUAACACAAAGUGAACAGAAGGCGGGCACCUGAGCCGAUGGCCGGUAUCUUUCCUGGCCAAUAUGGUACAAGGCUUAGCCUUGUCGAGCCCGCUGAAUGCGCUGCAGGACCUGUCCGACUUGGAUGCUUAUCGGCUCUUCCGACAUGAGGUAGAGAAGAGCGAGAACAAGCUCAGGCUGUCAAAGACGAGGUUUUUCUUAGAUGCUAUCCGGAUAAGGGGCUCGGUUCUGCAUCGGAUAUGGGUCUCAGUACUUGGAAUCACGCUGUAUGCGACCGUCAUUGCUGCCGCAGACGUUUGGUACGGCAUGCACUGGCGCACCAGCAACAGCAUCAUCGCCCCUCUCUCCGUCGUUGUCGGUCUGCUCAUCGUCUUCCGCAAUUCCACAUCGUAUGAUCGAUGGUGGGCAGGCUCUGGAGAGCUGAAUGCUGCCAUGGCGGAUACUCGAUCAUUGUCUCGCUUCAUCUGGGUCAAUGUCGACGUUGAGGCAGGCGAGAAAAUGAAGAAGCUCAAGCAGGACGCAGAGAAGAGCGGCAUUGAUGCAGGUGCAACGCAUGCUGUCGAAAAAUUGCGACAAGAACGCAUGGCAAGAAAGCGCCGGGUAAUCAGACUGCUUGUAUGCUACCUGUACGCUACAAAACAUCACCUGAGACAAGAGUACGGUGUCGAAUUCGCAGACUAUGAAGGCGUCCUUCCUCAAGACGUACGACAGGCUUACUAUGUGCUACAGCGCAGAUCACGAGAGCAUUUUCGGCGCAGCAUCCACUCAAAACAGGCCGACGCUCGUCCUGCGUCUCAAGCCUCAGCAGCGGUCGAAAGAGAUAAUUACACACCCAUAACAUCGGUUAUUUUUCAGGAUGAGAAUGCUGCUGUUGCCGCUGCCGCUGCUCAAGCGACCGAGACGACGCCGCUAACAGCUUCCGAAGUUGAGGAGGAGAAGGAGCAUUCUAAGCAACCAGCUAUUGCGCUUCCUCUUUUCUGUCUACACCAGAUCACCAUGUAUCUCUCCGGCGCCAGGAGGGCAGGCCUUUUGACCAAUGAUGCAGGUCCAGCGGGCUUUUCGCUUUCGAACCAACUAAUCAACAGCCUGACGACGCACUUCUUCAACAUGCAACGAAUUGCCGACACGCCGCUACCUGCAAUCUAUGGGAUUCAUCUCAAGCAAUGCGUGCUACUCUACCUGCUCGCCCUACCUCUCACGCUCGUCUCGGAGCUCUCCUGGCGCAUGAUCCCCGUCGUCACCAUCGUCGCAUUCACCAUGAUUGGCACAGAGGGGCUGAGCAGCGAGGUAGAAAUGCCGUUCGGGCAUGAUCCCAGCGAUCAUAAUCUCGAUCUGCUCGCCGCGACUGUGAGGCAUGAGCUCGAGCACAUGAUGCUUUUUCUAGACGAAGGCAUUAAAGAGGAGUCGUGAGAUCUCUUCUUUGAGGGCGCAUAGUAUGUAUUCCAUUUAUAGGACAUCGGGCGCCGUGGCAGAGAGAGCUUGAGGAGGGUAUGCGGCACACGACAGGAAUCGCAUGUGUCCCUGUGCUUCUGAAGCAUAGUUAGUUCCAAAUGACAUCACGCAAAGCUAAGCUAAGC